GAGCAACAAUCCAUCUGCAUUGUUAGUCUGCGAUUUCUGGCGAUUUCAUGGCUUGUCUUUCUUGCUCCAUUGAAAUGGAACCCAAGACCUUGAAUCAAGGACAGCUCAACAAUGCCAUGCAGGAAGCAGCAGCAGAUAUAGUUCAAAAAAUGAAGCCUCACAAGGCUUCAAAUGUGUUCAUUGAGGGACUCAGACCAGUAGCCCCGAUAAGCAGGAGGAAAGAGAAGCUCAAAAAGAGAGAGAAACUUCACUCCAUUGCAUAUGGCAAGGAACAUGUUCUAGUCAUUGAAAGAUCAAGAGAAUGCUCUUGCAGUUCUAGCAGAAUCAACAAAUCCCCUGAGAAAGCUAUACUUAGGGAGCCCCUUUCAGCUCCUUUUUGAAGUUUUCAAGUGUACUGAUCCAGAUGGCUAAAAGAAUUUGGGGUCCCUUUUCUUCACAUAAGAGAUCUUAGGUUGGAGAAGUUGCAUCACGAGGAGUCGGAUCCACAGCAUAUGUGCAUAUUUGUAGGAUGGUACAAGGAUGGUGGACUAUCCCCACAGAAUCGAUAAUAGUAGACUUCUCAUUAUCUAUUGUCUAAAACUUCAUACAUUAAACAUUUAUAAAUUGCAGUUUCAGUUCA